AUGUCCUCGAAGGAGAGGCAGAAAGGGAGGCUCACGAAAGACAGCGUUACGCUGCUGCCUUGCUUUUACUUCGUGGAGCUGCCAAUACUGGCCUCCUCCAUUGUCAGUCUUUACUUCCUGGAGCUCACCGAUGUCUUUAAGCCAGUUCGCUCGGGCUUCAACUGCCAUGACAGGACGCUCAGCAUGCCGUACAUUGAACCCACUCAGGAAAUCAUCCCCUUCCUCAUGCUGCUUAGCUUGGCAUUUGCUGGACCUGCAGCCAUGAUUAUGAUAGGUGAAGGUAUUCUUUACUGUUGUCUGACUAAAAGAAGAAAUGGAAUAGGAUCUGAGGCCAACAUCAACGCUGGCGGCUGUAACUUCAAUUCAUUCCUCAGACGAGCUGUCAGAUUUGUCGGAGUUCAUGUGUUUGGCCUUUGUGCCACCGCUCUCAUCACUGACAUUAUUCAGCUGUCAACUGGGUACCAUGCCCCAUAUUUUCUUACAGUGUGUAAGCCCAAUUAUACGUCGUUAAAUACUUCCUGUGAAGAAAAUCCAUAUGUUGUGGAGGAUAUCUGCACAGGAUCUGAUCCUGCUCUCAUUAACGCUGGCAGAAAAUCCUUCCCAUCCCAGCAUGCUACGCUUGCAGCCUUUGCAGCUGUGUAUGUUUCUAUGUAUUUCAAUGCAACCCUGACAGACUCCUCCAAACUCCUCAAGCCACUACUGGUCUUCACAUUUAUUAUCUGUGCAGUGAUCUCUGGAUUAACACGCAUUAUCCAGUACAAGAAUCAUCCGAUUGAUGUGUACUGUGGAUUUAUGAUAGGAGGAGGAAUUGCUGUCUAUUUGGGUCUUUAUGCUGUGAGCAAUUUCCAGCCUAGUGAUGAUGGCAUAACCCACCAGCCCCAUCACAGAGAACCUUUGAGGUCGCUGACAGACCUCAGCCAGGAAAGCAGUAGGCAACUCCAAGGAAAAACUGGCAGCAGCAUCGAUGGGAUCUCAUCCCACCAUUCCGAAAGCAUUCUGAACCGAAACCACAGAGAAACUGGCUCCCUUACAAACUUAAAGAGAACGAGUGCCGACGUUGAGAUCAUUACUCCUCGUAGUCCAAUGGCAAAGGAGAACAUGGUAACCUUUAGCAACACACUGCCACGUGUCAACACACCAUCGUUGGAUGAGGCAGCCAGAAGGAAUGCAACAAUUCAUGCUUCUAUGGAUUCUGCCCGUUCUAAACAGCUCUUGUCACAAUGGAAGUCCAAGAAUGAAAAUCGGAAACUGUCCCUGCAAGUAAUGGAGACAGAAACUGGUCACUCUCCACCAAAGUCCAUGGAGAUGAGAUCCAGUUCAGAGCCAGCAGGAGUAGGCCUUAAUGGAGAUCAACAGGCACAACUCAACCAGUAUCUGAAAAUUCAAGCUGGUACUAUUCCUGGGACUAGCAGCACCAGUAACAUUGGUGGAGGAGCAAGAGUCUCUAUGCAGUCACGCCCAGGCUCGUCACAGCUGGUUCAUAUACCUGAGGAAACACAAGAGAACGUAAGCACUUCUCCAAAAGUCAGUUCAGCUCGAUCAAAGUGGCUUAAAGUAGCUGAGAAGAGUGGAGUUGGCAGGGCAAACACCCAACCAAGAAUUAUGCAGGUUAUUGCUAUGUCCAAGCAGCAAGGUAUGCUACAGAGCAGCCCGAAAAGUACCGAUGGUAGUACAGUAAGCUGCACAGGAUCUAUAAGGUACAAAGCUCUAACAGAGCAUGAGCCUAGUAAUAUUGUCAGAGUAGAAGCUCAUCCAGAAAACAACAGGCCGCUCGUGCAAGUGCCAUCGGGCAGUGAAGGAAGUGGAUCAUGGAAAUGGAAGUCCCAUGAAAAAGGCAGUAUUCGCCAAGCAUUUGAGUUAAAUGAUCUUAACAGAGACUCUGAAAGCAGUGAAUCAGUAAAAGAUAGCUAUGCUACAUCUGAUAGAAAGAAAACCAAUCCAGACAGUAGUGAACACCAUCACCACGGAAUCACCACCAUAAGAGUUACGCCAGUGGAAGGUAGUGAAGCCGCUUCUGAAACACACUCGGUGUCCUCUAGUCGGGAUUCAACCCUCAGGCGGAAAGCUAACAUAAUUUUAAUACCAGAAAGAGGAAACAGCCCAGAAAGUACAAGAAAUAUCUUCUACAAGGGAACAUCGCCCACCAGAGCUUACAAAGAAUGA